AUGUGUUAUUGGUUUUCCCUUUUUUAUAAAAUGAAAUUUGUUUUCCUCCUUCUGUUGUAUGCCCUUUUAAAAAGCGCCCUUUGCGAAAUCAAAGAAUUAAGUUAUCAUGAAUUUCACCGAAUGUUAACCACAGAAAAGAAGGAUCCCAAAAAAAUAUAUGCUCUUGAUAGUAAGCCAAAUUUUAAAAGCGUAAAUUCUUUUCAGGAUUUCUUACAUUUGAAGACCGACGUUGACUUCGUUCUAUAUGUCUAUGCCAAGUGGGACACGGACUCCAACAAUCUGAUCACCGUUUUCCGCGAAGUUGCAAGAAUAAUAGCGGAAAAUAAAAUAAAAAUCGAUUUUUACACCUUCAACAUUGAUAAUGCCAAGGAGUUGUGCAAUUUUAUGAAUAUCAAAACUUUGCCUGUUAUACUAUACGUCUCGUCUGUGCAUAAGAAGAAAUACAACUCCCUCCUUUACAAAGUUUUGAGCUCGAGCAAGGAUGUGAGAAUAAGCAACGCCUUCAGGUAUAAUGGAGACAUGUACUGCUACGAAUACAUCGUGGAAUGGAUAGAGGCACAUCACUACUUUACCCGAGCGGUCACGUUGGCAAAAAAAUUAUUUCAAUGGAGGAAGAAGUAA